AUGGGUGGGCUCGGGAGCUUCUUGGGGAGCGGCAAGGCGAGAAAGAGCUCCUCGUCCCUUCGGAAAGCUGGGAACUGCAGGGGCCCGCCCUCCGCCCCUGGUCGCCGCUUCCUCCCCUCCCCCAGCCAGCCCCUCCCCCACCUCGCCCGGCUCGCGCCCGCCCCGCCCCCUCCACCCGCGGGGUUCCAAAGGCGGUUGGCCCGCCACGGCCACGGUCACUCGGCCACUCGGAGCUGCGAGGCGCACCGGGUUGAGAAAGCCGGCUCUAGGGUUUGGGCCGGAACUGAAGAGAAGUUUUCUGAGGCUGAGCCGACCCGGGGAUUACUGGUGUUCACUGGCUCUUCGGAUCUAGAUGCCAACCUGGCCAAGCAGUUCUGGAUCGGGGCUUCGAUGUAUCCCCCCAACGAAUCUCAGUUGGUGCUGUCCAGAGGUAGCAGCCAGCGCCUGCGGGUGGCCCGGGCUUCUAAGAGUAGUGCUCCUGAGAAAAGUUACUUCCAGCCUUUUUUCCUUGAGAAAAGCAAGAAUAGAGAUGGAGUUACUGAAACCCUAAAGAUUCAGGAAUCUGAGGAGAAAAAAAAGUAUCUCCAAAAGGCUAAAAAGAGAGAUGAGAUUAUCCAACUCUUAAGAAAACAAAGAGAAGAAAGGAUCUCGAAAGAACUGGUCUCCCUUCCUUAUAAACCAGAAGCCAAAGUACACAAAGCAAAGAAAGUGAUUUCAGAGUCAGAUAAAAAAGACCGCGAAGAAGUCAAAGCCUUGGACUGAUUGACUGACACAUGGAAGAGGUUGGCUCUCUUAGAAUCUUCACUUUUGAAACAACCUGCUCAUACAUCAGGAUCACUGGGAUCAGUAGAAUUAGACUAAAAAAAAUAAUAAAACGUAAAUAUGCAACACUUCUA